AUGUCCUACGUUUUUGUAAACGACUCUUCCCAGACGAAUGUGCCACUGCUGCAGGCUUGCAUUGAUGGAGAUUUUAACUACUCCAAACGACUGCUAGAGAGCGGGUUUGACCCAAACAUUCGUGACAGCCGAGGCCGAACUGGCCUUCACCUUGCUGCAGCCAGAGGAAACGUAGACAUCUGUCAACUCUUGCACAAGUUUGGUGCUGACCUACUAGCCACUGAUUACCAAGGUAACACAGCCCUUCACCUGUGUGGGCAUGUGGAUACCAUCCAGUUCCUAGUUUCUAAUGGACUUAAAAUUGAUAUUUGCAACCACCAAGGUGCAACACCGCUUGUUCUUGCAAAGCGAAGGGGUGUGAAUAAAGAUGUGAUUCGACUGCUGGAAUCUUUAGAGGAGCAAGAAGUGAAAGGAUUUAACAGAGGAGCUCACUCAAAGCUGGAAACAAUGCAAACUGCUGAAAGUGAAAGGUAUUUACAAACAAAGCUAAUUACUCGGAGAGAUAAUGGCUUUUAG